AUGGAGGGCCCUCGACUCAGCCUAGGAAAGCUGCUGCAGCAGCACAAGACGGAGCUUCGUCUGCUGCGGGGAGAAUCUAAGAAAGCAGCAGCAAAAGGAAAAGCAAGAGCAGCAGCAGCAGAAAGAGAGAGAGAGCUGCUGCUGCGGCAGCAGCAGCAGCUGCAGCAGCUUGCUGCUGCAGCAGCAGAAGACUCAGAUACAGAUGCAGCAGAAGUAGAGAAUAUCAAAGCAGCAGCAGCAGCAGCAGCAGCAGCAGAAGACUCAGAUACAGAUGCAGCAGAAGUAGAGAAUAUCAAAGCAGCAGCAGCAGCAGCAGCAGCAGCUGCUGCUGCUGCUGCUGCUGCUGCUGCUGCUGCUGCUGGUGUUUCGGGGGCGCAAACAAAGGCAGACGGGGCGGAGCAGGCGGUGCUGCAGAGCCUAGAGGGGUUGCAGCUGUACACCGCGGGGGUUUAUAAACCCUCAAAGGCCCAAAGAAGGAGACAAAAGAAAGAAGAAAUACAAAAAGAAAAAGAAAAACACAGAGAACAAGCUGCCAGAGCAGUGGAGUUUGAGGGUUUAGCUGCUGCACUAAAAAAAGAAAACCUCGCUGUCUUCUCGGUACCAGCAGACGGAGACUGUCUCUUCAGGGCCAUAGUGCAUCAGCUGCAGCAAUGCGAGGAUGAAAAAAGGGUUUGGGGGGUUAAGGGUUUGCGGGCGGCGAUCGCCGAAACCCUAAAAAAAAACAAACAAGGGUUUAUCUUCUUUCUUGAUGAGCAGCAGCAGAACGAUGCAGCAUAUGAUGCUUUCUGUGAAAACAUCCGCAGCGGCAACGACUGGGGGGGAGAGAUAGAAAUCCAGGCAGCAGCGUUGCUGCUGCAGCGGCGCAUUGUUGUUUAUGUUGGGGGGGACCCUGUUAGUGUGCUUAACUAUGUGUCAGUAGCAAUCCCUGAGUUUAUAAAUAAGGGUUUAGGGUUUGAGGGUGACGAGGGUUUGUCUCUGCUGCAUGCAUUCUCUUGGGGUUCUCCUUCUAGGGUUUUAGAGCUUCGUGUUGCUGCAGCAGCAACAGCAAAAGAGCUGCUGCUGCUGCUGCUGACGGCGCAUUCUGCUGCAGCAGAAGAGGUGCUGCAGCAGCUGCAGCAGCAGCAGCAGCAGGAGCAGCAGCAGCAGGAGCAGCAGCACGAGCAGCAGCAGCUGCAGCAGGUUCUUAAUAGUACUCCUUCGCUGCAGCUGCUGCAGCAGCAAAUUGAAUCGCAGCUGCAGCAAGCAGCUACCUGCAGCAGCAGCAGCAGCAGCAGCAGCAGCAGCAGCAGCAGCAGCAGCAAUGAAUGUAUUCAAGAACGAACGCAUGCAGUUGGUGCUGCUGCUGCUGCUCUUGCUGCUUCUGCUGCACCUCAGCUGCAUGCAUCUUCGUUGCUGCUGCGCUUUACUUUUGCUGCUGCUGCUGCUGGCGGCAGGAGAAGUAUUAUGAGGAGGCGCAGCAGCAGCAGCAGCAGCAGACGCAGCAGCAGCAGACGCAGCAGCAACAGAAGCAGCAACAGAAGCAGCACGAGAAGGAGACAGGAGGCAAAGAAAGAUACUGCAGCAGCAGCAGCAGCAGCAGCAGCAGCAACACCAGCAGCAGCAGCAGCAACACCAGCAGCAGCAGCAGCAAGAAGGAGAAAGAAAAUAUAG